AUGCCGAAGCAUUACAGAUUACCUGGGAAGAAAAAAGAAGGAAACGCCGCCAAGUACAUGACUAGAUCCCAAGCUGUUAAAUAUCUUCAAGUCAGUCUCUCGGUUUUCAGGCAGCUAUGCAUCCACAAAGGCGUUUUCCCCCGGGAGCCGAAGAAGAAGGUGAAGGGAAAUCACCACACCUAUUAUCAUAUAAAAGAUAUUAUGUUUCUCAAACACGAGCCUCUGCUGGAGACAUACAGAGAGAUUCGGGUGCACGAGAAGAAAGUGAAGAAAGCAGAGUCAAAAAAGAACCGGAAUCUCGCUGAAAGGCUUGAAAGGCAUAAGCCUGAUUAUUCUCUAGACAGGCUUGUUAAAGAGAGGUUCCCGACUUUUGUUGAUGCUCUAAGGGACUUGGAUGACUGUCUUAGUAUGGUACAUUUAUUUGCUGCCUUGCCUGCAGUAGAGAGGGAACAUAUUGAAGUCGACCGGAUUCAUAAUUGUAGAAGAUUGAGUCACGAGUGGCAGGCCUAUAUCUCUCGCACCCAUAAACUACGGAAAACCUUCAUCUCUGUUAAAGGCAUAUAUUACCAGGCAGAGGUUCAAGGACAAACAGUUACUUGGUUAACUCCUCAUGCACUGCAACAAGUUCUGCCGUCAGAUGUUGAUUAUAAAAUCAUGCUAACUUUCUUGGAAUUUUACGAGACUCAACUUGAACUCGUAAAUUAUAAACUUUACCAGUCAAUAAAUGUGAAAUAUCCACCUAUCCUUGACCCUCGGCUGGAAGCUUUAGCUGCAGAUCUUUACGGCCUGACAAGAUAUCUUGACACCAAUGCUAGAGCCUCCAUGGUGGAGUCAAUUGAUGUUAGACCAUCUGGUUCUGAUCAGAUUGAAGAACAGAAAGAGGAGACAAAGCUUGAGGAGCCUGAACUUAGACUUGCACAACUUCAACAUAAUCUUUCUUCUAAUGAACCUGGUUCUAUGAUGCGCCUUGUUGAAGAUGUCGGAGAGGGGGAUGAAGAUGAUGCAGAAAUGAAGGAAUGCCGAAACUUCUUCAAGGACAUGAAAUUCUUCUUGAGCCGCGAGGUUCCCAGGGAGUCGCUACUUUUUGUCAUCCCUGCCUUUGGUGGUAUGGUUUCAUGGGAGGGAGAAGGAGCUCCAUUCCCAGAAUCUGACUCAAGUAUUACUCACCAGAUUGUUGACAGACCUACUCAAAAGCGGAAGUUCCUUUCCCGAGAAUAUGUCCAGCCACAGUGGAUUUAUGAUUGUGUAAAUUUCCGUGUAAUAUUGCCGACUGAGGAAUACUUGGUGGGAAGGGUUGCUCCGCCACAUCUAUCCCCUUUUGUUGACAAUGAAGAAGAAGGCCAUGUUCCUGAAUAUGCAGAAACUAUCAAACGGCUGCAAGCUGCUGCAAGGAAACAAGUCUUACCUUUGCCGGGUGCAGGAGAAGAUGAUUUGGGUGACCCUCAGAAUUUACUAGGUAUUAUUGACCGGGCUGAGGAAAUUGAAGCUACUGAAAAAAAACGAAAGAUGACAUUUGAUCAGAAGCGGUAUCUUGAUGAACUGAAUACGGAGCUUGAAAGUUGCCAGUAUUAUGAUCGUUCAAAUGUGAGCAAGCUGAAAGAUGCUGAGGGCACAGAUGCUGCAGAGGACUCUUUACCUGAUUUGAAACAAAUUGCUGAGGAUAAUGACAAUAUGUCCAAGGUCUUAAUAUCGCGUAAAAAGAGAAAGCUUUUGGAAGCCAUGGAGAUUGGCAAAGAACGGAAAAAGGCUAAUAUUAAGCUUCUGAAAGAAAGGAAGAAAAAAAUUGAUGAGGCUGAGAAGUCUGGAUGA